AUGUUCCAAGUCGUUCUCGGUUUCUUCAAUGCGACAAAGGAGCCAAGGGUCAAUGUCAGGUCCCCAGACUUUUUCGACUAUCCGACGGCUGUGGCGGGGAACCCUUUCGUCGAUGGGUGGUAUGCAGAUCCGGACACUGAGAUAUACAAUGACUUAUUCUGGGUGUUUCCCACGUACUCGGAUGCAUAUGAGAAACAGACAUUCUUGGAUGCUUUCUCUAGCCCGGAUCUCAUCCAUUGGACCAAACACUCUAGCAUCUUGACCAUAGAAAACGUCAAGUGGGCAAAUAAGGCAGUCUGGGCCCCGGCGCCAAUAGCGAGAAACGGAAAAUACUACCUCUAUUUUGGUGCCAACGAUAUUCAGGAAGACGAAGAUACUGCUGGUGCCAUCGGAGGAAUCGGUGUAGCUGUCGCGGAUCAGCCAGAGGGCCCGUACAUCGAUGCCAUUGGAGAGCCACUCAUAGGCCACUAUUACAAUGAUGCUCAACCGAUAGACCAGGACGUCUUCAUCGACGACAAAGACGGCCAGGCUUACAUUUAUUAUGGCGGGCACAGUCAUGCGAAUGUGGCCAAGCUCAACGCCGACAUGGUGUCCAUUGGGACCUUUAACGAUGGAACGCAAUACAAGGAGAUCACUCCCGAGAACUAUGUCGAGGGAUCCCAGAUGAUUAAGCGGAAUGGCAUUUACUACUUCAUGUGGUCUGAAGGCGGCUGGACCGGGGCAGACUACAGCGUUUCCUACGCCAUGUCGGACUCCCCUCUUGGGCCCUUUAUCCGCAAGGCCAAGAUACUACAGCAGGACAGCGCGGUAGCCAAGGGCAGCGGACACCAUGGUGUCAUAAAUAUUCCCGGUACCGAAAUUUGGUACAUUGUCUACCAUCGCCGCCCUCUCAGCGAGACAGACGGCAACCACAGAGUCCUUGCAUACGACCGCAUGUACUUUAAUGAAGAUGACACCAUUGCGCCCGUCCAAAUGCUGGUUCAGGACAACUUUGCCGACGACAACACCAUCGGCUGGAAAAUGUAUGGUGGCAGCUGGGCUGUCGUAGAUGAGCGACUCACGUCUAGCGGCCCUUCAGCGGGACUGGCCAUGCUCGAUACAGACUUUGAAUCACUCGUGUUUGAGGCCACUGUUAGCCUUGAGCAGACGGGCGAAGCCGACACCGAAGCUGGCCUCAUAUUUCGAGCCUCAAACUUCAGUGACGAAGGAGGCUUCGAAGGUUAUUUUGCCGGCCUGACUGGAUCCGGAGAUGUUAUCCUCAGAAGCAAUGAUGCUGCGACCUCGGAUAUACUGGCAAAAGAAGCAGCAGCAAGCGUCGGUCAGAACGAGUACACGUUUCGUGUGACGGCAAAUGCGUCUACCAUCUCGAUAUAUGUAGAUGAUAUGGACGCCGCCAAGAUCACCGUAGAGGUUGAGUCGGGACCAUCCAGUGGAGCUACGGGGGUCAGAUCGGUGAACGCAUCCAUUGCCUCGUUUGGAAAUAUCUCGGUGGCGCGCCCAGAAGAUGCACUAUAG